AUGGAUCACGAUCGCGUGUCGGCGCCGCCGCCGCGCCCGCGCUCCUUCCCGCUGAUCGGCGCCAAGCCCGGGCCGCGGUGCGGCCACACGCUGACUACGAUCUACCCCUUCGACGGCGACCCGGCGACGGCCAAACUCGUCAUGUUCGGCGGGGCGACCGCCCUGGAGGGCACCAGCCGAGUGGAGGGGGGGGCCGGCCCCGGCACGCCCGCGCAGGCGUCCGGCGGACAGACAGGGAUCAGGCUGGCGGGCGCCACCAAUGAAGUGCACGUGUUUGACGUGCGGUCGGGCACAUGGGAGAAGGUCCACCCUCAGGGGGAGGCACCAUCUCCCAGGGCCGCCCACGCGGGCGCAGCCGUCGGCAGCAUGGUCGUCAUCCAGGGGGGCAUUGGCCCAGCAGGGCUGGCCUCAGAGGACCUGCACGUUAUUGACUUUACUGACUUCAACAGGCCCAAGUGGCACAGGGUGAUGGUUCAGGGUGCUGGACCGGGGGCCCGGUACGCCCACGUGCUCGCCCUGGUGGCCAACCGCUUCCUUGUGGUGAUGGGUGGCAACGAUGGCAAGUCCACGCUGGGAGAUGCAUGGGCACUGGACACGUCCGAAAAGCCCUACAAGUGGCGGAAGAUAAGCGACUCUGGCGAUAUGCCAUCGGCAAGGAUGUAUGCAUCAUCGGCAGCACGGCAGGACGGGCUGCUGCUGCUGUGUGGUGGUCGUGAUGUUUCUGGCACACCCUUGGGGGAUGCCUAUGGCUUCGCAAGGCACAGAGACGGUCGCUGGGAGUGGGCAGCAGCACCAGGGCUGAUGCCUGUUGCCAGAUACCAGCAUGCAGCUGUUUUCGUUGGUGCCCGGCUUCACAUCACUGGUGGAGCUGUUGGCGGGGGGCGCAUGGUGGAGGAGGCAUCUACUGUGGUGAGUCUCGACACGUCUGCAGGUGUAUGGUGCAGGCAUUCAACCGCCGGCAGGCAGGGUGAUGACAGCAUGCGGCGCUGUCGACAUUCCAUGGCAGCUGUUGGCAACUACAUCUUCAUCUACGGAGGCCUGCGGGGUAGCCAGCUGCUGGAGGACCUGCUUGUGGCAUCUGAUGGCAUUCCACCUGGUGAGCUCACCAUCGGCGACCCCAACUCCCCUGGCUGGAACGACUGGCUGGUCGCCGCCCGCAGCACAGGGCCCGAAAGCCUGGCCGCUGCUGCUGCUGAGGAGGCUGCCGCCGUGCAGGCAAUCGGCGUGGCGCACCAGCCUGCAUCCCCAACCGCCACCUCCGACACUGACCUGCACUGCGCAGAGGAGGUGGGGAGCAUCGUGGGAGACUCCACCCUGCCAAGAAGCCCAACUGCGGCCUCUUCCACAGGGGGCCCACCGCCGAUCAGCACAGCAUCUAGCCCCAUCAGCCUGAAGGCACCCGGGUCGGACAAGCAGCCACCCACACCUGAGGCUGUGCGGCUGUGGCACAGGGCUGUUGUUGUGCCACAGGAACAUCCUCCAGGCAACUUGCGGGGCCUUGUUCGACAGCUUUCCCUGGAUCAGUUUGAGAAUGAGGGCAGGCGAGUGAGCAUGGGGAUGCAUCCAGAGCAUGGGCCGCCCGCAGGUGGGCUGGUAAAGACCAGCGUCUCGCCACUGCAACACGUCCACAAGAGGGUUAUAGACAUGCUGCUGAACCCGAGGCAGUGGUCGCCUCCCAUGGAUCGGCGCUUCUUCCUGUCAGCCGAGGAGAUCAGCGAGCUGUGCGAGGAAGCAGAGAACAUAUUCAAAAAGGAGCCAACGGUGCUGAGCCUGCAAGCCCCCAUAAAGCUCUUUGGAGACCUCCAUGGGCAAUUCGGGGACCUGAUGCGGCUCUUUGAGGAGUACGGGAUGCCAUCGGUUGGCGGCGACAUCACCUACAUAGACUACCUCUUCCUUGGGGACUACGUUGACCGCGGGGCGCACAGCCUAGAGACCAUCUGCCUACUACUGGCGCUCAAGAUAAAAUUCCCUGACAACGUCCACCUCAUAAGGGGCAAUCACGAGGCUGCAGACAUCAAUGCCCUGUUUGGCUUUCGGCUGGAGUGCCUCGAGAGGCUGGGCGACCCCGAUGGCAUUUGGGCGUGGCAGCGGAUCAACGCCGUGUUCAACUGGCUACCCCUGGCGGCCCUCAUUCAAGACAAAGUACUGUGCAUGCAUGGCGGUAUCGGGAGGUCCAUAGAGCGCACAGAGCAGAUCUCCUGCCUGCAGCGGCCGCUCACCAUGGAGGAGGGCGGCGUGGUGCUGAUGGACCUGCUGUGGUCGGACCCAACCAUGAACGACUCGGUGGAGGGCGUGCAGCCCAGCCCCAGGGGUCCUGGCCUCGUGACCUUUGGACCGGACAGAGUAAUGGAUUUCUGCAAUACCAACAACUUGCAAAUGAUUGUGCGGGCGCACGAGUGCGUGAUGGACGGCUUCGAGCGCUUCGCCCAGGGCCACCUGAUCACCCUCUUCUCCGCGACCAACUACUGCGGCACAGCCAACAACGCGGGCGCCAUUUUGGUGCUGGGGCGCAACCUGGUUCUGGUGCCCAAGCUCAUCCACCCCCUGCCGCCGACGACCCCCAGGUCCUCGGACAGCGCCGGCGUGGAGGAAAACGCGCAGCAGCCCACGGACACGUGGAUGCAGGUGAUCAAUGAGGAACGGCCGCCCACGCCCCCCCGUGGACGUCCCAACGCCAAUCCCAACCUUGAGUACAUUUGA